CACUGUAUUGUAAAGGGUACUGUGAAUCGUAUCAGGAGGGGAGGGGGGGUUGAAUUGACAAAAAUCUCCCAAUUGGGUGCACAUCCGGAGUCUCGACGAUCAUAAUUUAUCGCACCUUUUUACCUUUUAAGAGAUUGAGUUUUAUUGUUUUUUUUAUUAAUUUAUUCUAUUUCUCUUAGUUUAUGGUUUACGUUAACACUCCGGGAGGGCAGAAAUGGCGGCCAACAUGUACCGGGUCGGAGAUUACGUAUUUUUUGAGAACUCCUCCAGUAACCCUUACCUGAUCCGCCGGAUAGAGGAGCUCAACAAGACGGCCAGUGGGAACGUGGAGGCCAAGGUGGUUUGUUUCUACAGAAGGAGAGACAUCUCCCACAGCCUCAUCCAGCUCGCAGACAAACAUGCAAAGGAGUUGGAAGAGGAGAAGGAGAGCCCGACAGAGACAGAACUAACAGAAAAACAGAAACACCAGCUUCGCCACAGAGAGCUCUUCCUCUCCCGGCAAUAUGAAAGUCUACCUGCGACACACAUCAGGGGGAAGUGCAGUGUGGCAUUAUUGAAUGAGACUGAAGCCGUUCUUUCAUACCUUGACAAAGAGGAUACCUUCUUCUACUCGCUGGUGUAUGACCCGACACAGAAGACCCUGCUGGCCGACAAAGGAGAGAUCAGAGUGGGGCCGCGCUUUCAAGCAGACGUACCUGAAAUGCUACAAGAAGGUGAGGCAGAUGACAGGGACCAGUCGAAGCUAGAAGAGAAGCUGUGGGAUCCAGAGUGUCCACUCACCAACAAACAGAUAGACCAAUUCCUAGUGGUGGCACGGGCGGUUGGGACCUUUGCUCGAGCGUUGGACUGCAGCAGCUCAGUCAGACAACCAAGCUUACACAUGAGUGCGGCUGCAGCCUCACGAGAUAUCACACUGUUCCAUGCGAUGGACACACUGCAUCGCCAUAAUUACGACCUGUCCAGUGCGCUGAGUGUACUGGUCCCAGCGGGCGGUCCAGUGCUCUGCAGGGAUGAGAUGGAAGAGUGGAGCGCCUCAGAAGCCGCUAUGUUCGAAGAGGCACUAGAGAAAUACGGAAAAGACUUCAACGACAUCCGACAAGACUUUCUGCCAUGGAAGUCUCUGACCAGUAUCAUAGAGUACUACUACAUGUGGAAGACCACAGACAGAUACGUGCAACAGAAGAGACUGAAGGCAGCAGAGGCAGAGAGCAAACUGAAGCAGGUUUAUAUCCCCACAUAUAACAAACCCAACCCCAACCAGAUCUCAAUGACCAAUGGCAAAAUGGCAACAGUGAAUGGAGCAGGCCCCGGGUCCUACCAUGCAGCAGGAGGGGGCAGAGCCUGCGAGAGCUGCUAUACCAUGCAGUCGGCCCAGUGGUACUCAUGGGGGCCUCCAAACAUGCAGUGCCGCCUGUGCGUUUCCUGCUGGAUGUACUGGAAGAAGUAUGGCGGCCUGAAGAUGCCGAGCAGAGCAGAAGGCCCAGAGGAGAGGACCUCCCCGAGUCCAGCAAGCAACGAGUCUCGUUCACGAGGUCACGCUCCUCGCCAGUCCAACCACAUGGUGCCCAUGCGAAACAGCGGCAGCCCCAAGUCCUCCAUGAAGACCAAGCAAGCUUUCCUGCUGCAGGCCACCCGCCUCACCAAGCUGGCCCGGCACAUGUGCCGUGACAUCAUCAGGCUGCGCCGCGCUGCGCGCCGGCCCUUUGUCCCCAUUAACUGUGGGGCCAUAAAGGCAGAGUACAUGUUAAGGGUGUCAGAAGGGCAGGGGACUCGCCUACCCAAAACCAGAGCCGCCCAAAGGAGCACUCUGACCAGUGUCCUCCAGUUUCUAGAGUCCCGUCCGGCAGCUCACGCCCCUCGCUCCCACCGCACCCCGGGCCUGCAGACGCCUCCCCCUCGACGCCUACUCUCCUCUCUCCCGCACGGCCCCCAUGGCAUGCUGGGAAAACGCAGCUACCAUCACCACAGCAGGGCUGAGCCGGACAGGCGCUCAGAGAACCCAGGUACAACAGGUGCACCCCUCCUCCACAACGGCCGCAGCAGCAGCAGUGGAAACACCCGAGGUGGAGUGAUGAUCCGUAAAAGACGCCCAAACUGGAUCGAUGCCCCCGAUGAUAGCUUCUUCCUCGUCACCCGGGAGACCAGGAGGGCCAGGCGGCUGCUGUCCCGCUCCCAGCUGAGGCACGCCUGCCGGCAGCCCUGCGAGCAGAUCACCCUACGCAGGGUCUCCCAGGGCCCUCCGCAGGGACUCGUCCUGGCCCCUCCGCACCCUCACCCCAGCCUGAGGAUGCGAGGCCCCAUCGUCAUCCACGACUGACCGGACACAGCCGACCUCCGACCUCCACACCCCCACCUGCAUACACACUAACAAAUUCUCACCUCCUGUUCUCUCAUUGAAUCCUCAAAACCCUCCUUUGCUUUUAGUCCUGGAGUUUUCUUCAUAAUCCACGACCACACUUAAACAAGCUGUCUCACUGUUUGGCAACAGAAGGAUGUGAUGAGCCGUGAUGCAAUAGAGACAUACACCUGACCUGACUGCAAGUGCUGCCUGUCUUUAAUCCCCUGGGAAUGUGUUUGUGUGCAUGUGAGUGUGUGACAGAGAGGCAGAGAGUGUGUGUGUGUGUGUAUGAGUGUGUGCGUGAUCAUGCCAACAACACAUGAGCGAAUGACGGGGAUGCUGACGUGUGCUGUUCUUAGUUUUUCUGGAUGAACAUAAUGACGGAGCUUUGUGUGACCUUUGUGUUGAUGGUGAAUUGUUGUGAAGUUUUAU